AUGUCAUCGAAGGUAAAUCACUGUACGAAAGAAUUAAGUGCAUCUAUGGAUCGUAAUUUAUUGCUACGUUUUGACGAUGAUACAAUAUUUUUCAAUAAAUAUCGCUCAAACCGUCAGGAAAUUAAAAUUAAGAAUAACGCGCAAGUCGCUAAAAAUCUGAUUGAAUUUCAUUACACAGGAAUUCUUCAAGUUCGAUUUUCUGAAAUCGAAAAAUUUUUUGUGGUCGCAAGUGAACUUACAUUCCAUAUUGCUUUGGAGGCUUUAUCACAAUUAUUGGAAAAACACUCUUGUGAUAAUAGCUAUCACGCAGUCAUCUGCGCAAACAUAGCUUGUGAUCCCAAGAAUCAAGUUGCUGCGCCCUGUGUUUUGAGCAUUAUCAAUCAUGCCGUGGGCUUUCUUAAGCAAGCAAAAUUCUGCAACUCAUACCGAUUAUGUGCAAGACCUUAUGCAGCGUACCGAAUCCUGCAGACAUUAGCUGCUUCAACGAACUGCAAGUUUAGUACGCAGGUAGCAUUAGAUUGGUUACUGUAUGAUGAACGACGAUAUAUGUACGCAGAUUUUCUGCUUGAAGCAAUCGUCUAUGAAGCAUCAGACGAAUUAAUGGAAUUUGUGGAUAAUAUAGUACCAAAUCUUCCACGACAAAUUUCUCAAACACUGUUGCAACACAGUAAUCGAGCUAAGUUCCAGUACUUGUUAUCAGGUCAAAAAGUGAACGUAAAAAGCGGCAAGCAUUUAAUUACUGAAAAGAAAAAAUCUGCUUCUGAUAAUUUCCAGAAUCAAUCAUCAUUAAGAUCUAAUUCUGAAAAUUAUCAGACGCCAUCUGCCACAUUUAUCAAUGUCCAGAAUGCACGUGAGAUUAAGAAAAACCAUAACAUUCUAUCUGUUGAUACUGGAACGCAGCCUUCAUCAACUACCAGUUUAACAUCAAUUUUAUCUGCUCAGACAGAAAAUUUGUUAUUGCCAGCUUCUUCAUCAGCUCAAAUUUUUGAUGAACGUCUGUUAAGUAAGAAAGUGAAAACUAUACCACAUUUGAACACAAAUAUAUCGACAGAAAUUCCACUGAGUAAAAGUAAUGCCAAACCAAGACGGUCAUAUAUUCUGGGAAUAUCGUCGGAUUCUGAUGAAAAUGCAAAAGGAAUCAGUGAUUACAUGGAUUUCUUGAGAAAUGGAAAAAACUCGAAAGUUAAUGAGAAAAUCAUUGAGUUUGGGAAGAAGAAUACGGAAGGACUGUUUCAAUUACUCAGACUUGAACGUCAAAAAAUUGAAAAUUGCAAGAAGUCAAGUUCUGUAUGUGAUACUUCAGAUGUGCAAGUACUUUCUUGUUUUGAUGAGGCACCUAUUGUAUUUCCUAGCACCCAUAAUAGAUACCAAUUACCAGACGAUCCAAAGCCCAAUAUUGAUGCUACUUUGCUAAAUAGAGGUUACUUUAUAUGA